AUGGGUGUCAUCCGGCGCCUUCUGCUUCUCAAAAAGAAGCUGCUGCUUCUCAAAUUGCGCGAGCUCGAGGAGAAGAAGAGAAAGAGAAAGCUAUGGGUGCCAGGACUUGCGCUCUGGCAGGAAGUGGCAGAAGGCUUUGCGAAGCGUUGGAAUUUUCCAAACUGCCUUGGAGCAGUAGAUGGCAAACACAUACAGAUAAAGGCACCUCCAAACUCUGGUAGCAAUUACUACAACUACAAGGGAACAUUCUCCAUUGUGUUGAUGGCAGUGGCUGACGACAGCUACAAGUUCGUUAUGGUAGUUGUCGGGGCUCCAGGCCGGCACAGUGAUGGGGGUGUGUUUAAGGCAACGUCAUUCGGCAAGGGCCUUAUGAAAAAUUGCCUAAACUUGCCAGCCCCAGCACGCCUCCCGAAGAGCAACAAGGUGGCACCUCACGUAUUUGUGGGCGAUGAAGCAUUUCAACUGAGGCAGGAUUUUAUGCGGCCCUACCCUGGAAAAGGACUGCAGCCAAGCCAAAAAGUAUUUAACUAUAGGCUAAACAGAGCAAGGUAA